AUGCAACAAAAUAUAGUUUUUGAUAUUUCUUCAGACAACAGUUCUUCAUCAAAUGAAGAUGAAUUCAUUAAAAUUGAUCAAUAAAACAGCUCAGUAAAUUAUAUUUCAAAUACAAAUAGAUUUUAAGUGUAAGAGCUCCUAAUUUAUUUGACAGCGAUACACCUUAAAAUUUUCAAUAAAUUCCAGAAUCUACACAUUCAGUCAGAAAAUAGCCUACAGUCACAUUUGACACUAUAAAUACAAGUGAAGGAGAAAAAAGAUAUUUAAUUAAAUGGAAUCUAUAAGAAAAAGAAAAUAGAAAUCGCAAUACUUGUAUAACCAAAACACAAUUAAAUGAAAAAGGUAGAGCAAAUAGUAAAAAGCAUGUUAAUGAGAGUGUUGAAUAUUUAUAAAAAUAGAAGACUGAUUAAUAAUAACAAAUUAAGUCUAAUCAAUGUAAGUAGUUGUUAUUAAUAACAAUUUAGAUAAAAAAAGUUAGUAAGCUAAAAGAGUCUCUAAUGUCUGUUAUUCUUCAAUAGAUAAUUUUUAGAAUCAAUCUAUGGCAUAAGAAUUAUUAGAAUUAGAUUUACCUGCUCUUAUUUCUUAAAUUACUAAUAAAAGAAGAGUUAAUAAUAGUUUUCAUAAUAAUACUAAUAAUACUGUAUAUAAUUCUAAUGCAAAGUAUCAUUAUUAUUGUUAAUGUUAGCUAGACCCUAAAUGCAAUAAAAGUAAGGAUGCAUUGUUCGAUAAUCAUUUAAUAAAUAAAGUUCUUAAUAAGAAAUCGCUAUAGUUUAAUAAACAAGAGAAAGAUCAAUCACUUUGAUUUUGAGAUAACCUGGCAAAAUUGUUAAUUAAAAAUAGUUAAAAAGUAAUAGCAUUGCUUUAAGAAAGUGAAGAAAGGUGAAGAUAUAUUGUUUUUACUUUUAAUUAUUAUUAUUAAUUUUUUUAAUUAAAAUGAAUUGUCUUUUCUGUUAGCCGAUUCGGAAGACUUUAUACGGCAAUAACUUUGAGAAAAUGCAGUUUAAAGGUAGACUGAAAUUAAAUUAAUUAUCAAGAAAGUAUCCUUACCAGAGAGGAUCACUAAUUCUCUUUAUAAUAAAUAUGCUGAAUCACAAAACUACUAUUUUACUAAGGAUAUCAAUGAAAUCAUAUUGGAUCAACCAACUAAACCUAAUAUAGUAUUCAAAGUAAGAAUCAUCAAUAUUAUAAUUAGGAUUUAGCAUUGUUGGAUGAAGAAGUUGAAUAUAUUAAAAAAAUAUAUCAACCUCAUAGUUUAGACAAUAAAAUGGAAGUUUUAACAGAAUUUUACAAAGUAUAAUUGCAAUUAGAUCUUUUAGUUUCAUAACGAUUUACCUAGAUGGGCUGUUUCUAGUUCUAUUGUAAAUAUUUUGAAUGAAUAUUAUAAUUAAAAAAGGAAACUCGAAUACUACAAAAUUUAGAAAAUAAUUGAUGAAGAAAAUAAAAAUAAUCCAGAAAAACCUCCUAAAGGAAUAGUAGGAGAUGAACCUAUCUAAACAGAAAGUACUCCUCCUUCUCAUACAAUUGAAAGUGGAAUCAUUGUUGGAAAUGUAUUAGAUGAAUUAUAAAAUACACCUUCUUAUUCAAAACAUAAUUAAGAAAAAAACAGUAAAAAAAUUAAUAAUAAUAAUAAUAAUAAUAUUCAUUAAUAACUUUUAAAAAUUGAAAAAUUGAAAACAGAAAGAUAAUAAGAUAAUAAUAAUAUAAUCAAAGAAUUCAAAUUAUAAUAAUUACUUACAACUGAUAAAAUGAAAAAUAUUAAAUAAUUAAUAACUUCUUAAAAAAGACAAUUAAAAAUCAUUCAUCCUGAUUAAUGUGGAGAGUUAGAUCCACCAAAGCCAAAAUUAAAACAUCAAUAAAUAUUAGAAUAAUGUAAUUUAUAUAUUUAUGAAGUACAUAAAAGAGUAAAUGAAAAGAUCUAAUUAAAAAAAAAAAAUUUACUAUAAAAUAAAGAUCCAUCUAGAGAAAUUAAAAGUGUUCAUUUUGGGGAAGACAAAAAAGAAAACUUUUUCAAAUCUCCUAGAAAUAUGAAAACUUAAUGUACUUCAAAAAUGACACCUAAAUCUAAUAGCAAAGUAGGUAAAACAUAAACCUUUCAUGAUAGUUCAUCAAGGUAAUUAAAUGUUUUAUAAAUUAUUAGAAAAUUGAACAAUAAUCUAUUAUCAACUAGAAAUAUUGGAGCUAAGACUUGUCAUUAAAUAAGCAAUAAUAUCAAAGCAAAAAUGCAAUCAAAACCUAUAUCAUUUAAAACUCUUACUACCCCAAGAUCUAUCUAAUAAAAGUUAUCAUAAUGAAAAAAGUG